AUGCAUGACAGCCGCUUCCUUGUGGAUUAUAAUUGGGUCAACGCCACUGAGGUGUCCAGUAACGUCGAAGACAGUGGUUACACAUCUUUUUGGAAUGAUUGCAUUUCCUCUGGGCUGCGUGGCUGCAUGUUAAUUGAGUUGGCACUGAGAGGGCGUCUUCAGCUGGAGGCGUUUGGAAUGAGACGCAAAAGCCUGUUAACUAGAAAGGUUAUCUGCAAGUCGGAUGCUCCUACAGGGGACGUUCUACUAGAUGAAGCCCUGAAGCACAUUAAAGAGACGCAGCCUCCUGAAACAGUGCAGAACUGGAUAGAGCUGCUCAGUGGUGAGACAUGGAAUCCAUUAAAAUUGCACUACCAGCUACGAAACGUACGGGAGCGAUUAGCCAAAAACCUAGUGGAAAAGGGGGUUUUGACGACGGAGAAACAGAACUUUCUUCUCUUUGACAUGACCACGCACCCUCUCACCAACAACAACAUUAAGCAGCGCCUCAUUAAGAAAGUCCAAGAAGCCGUUCUUGACAGAUGGGUCAACGACCCCCACCGCAUGGACAAGCGCUUGCUGGCCCUCAUUUAUUUAGCCCACGCUUCGGAUGUCCUUGAGAACGCUUUUGCCCCGCUGCUGGACGAGCAGUACGACCUAGCUACAAAAAGGGUGCGGCAGCUCCUGGAUUUAGAUCCCGAAGUGGAAUGUAUGAAGGCCAACACGAACGAGGUCCUGUGGGCGGUAGUAGCCGCCUUCACGAAAUAACCGCAAUCAGACUGCUCCAAGUGUUCCUUUUCCUCCCCUUUUAUUGUAAAUCAGUUUCUCCUCUAUUGACGAUUCACGUUUUUCUGUCAUUUGUACCUCUUCUCAUAUGAUGAAAAUCAGCUUUUGUUUCAUGGGAAUGGUAGGUGGUGUGUUUGGCUGUUUGUCUGUGUGUCUCUCUUUCUCUCUCCUACAGGGUUUUGCCGAUGCAAGAGAGCUUCCUUUUCUUCAACACAUCUGAUUGCCAUAUUGGUAUUCCGUUUCAUAUCUGAUGUAAGUUACAUUAUCUGGGUUCAGGUUGUCCUCUGUUUCUUCCACUGGAAUGGUUCAAUGGGGCAAGCAGGCACCUAGUUUCCAGUUGAGUCAGGUGGGCGCAUUUUAGCAAGUCUCGUUCAGUGGGGAUCUUAUGGCAGUAUUCUG